AUUGAGGAUACAGAAAAUGCAUAGUCACGCCGCUAGUUGGUCGACUUACGUCUCCCCCACGCUGACUGUACCAAAUACAGCGUAGAUUACUGAUCCACUCUUGUUUACUGAUCCACUCUUGUUAACUGAUCUGUCACUGAAUUAUGAGGUCCGAGGUUCGAGAUGAACUGAAGGAUACUAAACAACUUUCGGGAGCGAUAUAAAAUGAGAAGAAAAAGCUUCAAGAGCAAAUAAGUCUAACAACCUCGAUCUACUUUUAUACUGUGCACAGAACGCUACUCUGGAGUCUUUUCAACGACGGGAACCACUAAUCUAGUCGCUAUCUCAAAAUGUCAUUCGACUUACCUUUCACGAAGAUUCUGGUGAUUGGAGGGACUGGAGCGCAAGGUCUACCCAUUGUGCGAAGCCUGACCAAGGAUGGUCGCUACCGAUGCCGUGUGCUGACAAGAGACAUCUCUGGGGAAAGAGCCCAGACACUUGGCUCUUUACCUGGAGUGGAACUGUUUGGUGGUUCGUUUGAAAACGAACAAACCUUGCGUGAUGCGUAUAAAGGUUGCGAUGCUGCCUUUGUCAAUAUUGACGGCUUCAAUACUGGCGAGAAAGGGGAGACAUAUUGGGCGAUCCGGGUCUUCGAGCUUGCGCUAGAGAAUGGUGGCAUCAAGUUCUUCGUCUAUGGCAACUUGGAUUAUACAUACAAGAAGUCUGGGUAUCGUCCAGAAUUUAGAUCUGGCCAUUAUGAUGGCAAGGGCAGGAUUGGAGAAUGGAUCCUUUCUCAUUCACCCAAGUUGCCAGGUGGAUCUAAGACAUCCAAUAUGGGAAUUGCUCUUUUUACGACUGGUCCCUAUCUCGAGAUGAUUCUUUCGGGAGGAACAGUCCUUGAGCCACGCAUCGAACAGAACGGAGGAGGGGAGCAAGUUGUGACUUGGAGAGCACCACUGGGAGACGGCGCCGUCGCACACGUCUCUCUGGAAGACUGUGGAUAUUACGUGCGAUGGCUGUUCGACAAUGCGAAGGAAGCCGAUGGCAUGGACCUGGAGGUGGCAAUCGAGCACGUGCGCUACGAUGAUUUCGCCAAGGCGUUCGAGAAAGUUUCUGGUCAUCCUGCACGAUUCAUCGACGUUGAUCUCGAGACUUGGUGGCGCGAAGGCCCCCUGCAUCAUAGAGCUGAAAGUCCGGCUGGAUACGGCGCUAGCAUAGAUGACCCAGCUUCAAUGUCCAUCAAGCAGAAUUUCAGCGGAUUUUGGACGAUUUGGCAACACUCAGGCGGGAACCAGGGUGUCAUCAGGAGGGAUUACCAAUUGCUCGACAGGAUACAUCCCAACCGUAUACGGUCAGUGGAACAAUGGUUGGAGCGCGAACAAAAGCUUGGCGUCGAGUCUGGAAGAGGUGAUCUAUGGUAUCGCGUGCAGCCCGAUAAUUUGCAGCCCAUACUUAAAAUCCAAGAGGAUGGAUUCCGUGAUCCCCGCUAACCUCGUUAGCGGGGCUGGCGUACUCGGAGUGGAGUACUAUUACAUGCUGCAAGCAAAGUAGACGCUGUGAUCCGACGGGAGGAUUGAGAACUCAUUGGCUUAGUUAGGACUUCUGUUGAUUAUGGGGCUUUGAAUUCUUUCGGGUAGAUCGCUUUGAUCUGCUGCCUAGAAGUUAGCACGCAGAGCAAAAGAUAGCUUAAUAUAUGGUGAUACCAUUUUACAUA